AUGACUCGCAUGAUUUCUUCAACUUCGCCUACCUCAUCAAUCCAUUACCCCAAUACUAGUCCGAUCUCAUCCUCCACCCGGCCGUUACUAUCUGAUCAACCCGACCUUGAGCUGGAAGAUGAGACCGAGUCAGCUGUGGAGCAUAGGAGAGAAGAGAGGGUCUCGAUGGAAAAUCAAGUUGAUGAAGGGAUGAUACAGGUGAAAGGGGAAGAUAGGAUAACGAGGUUCGUAUGGAUACUGGUGUUCACAGCUGCUCUAUCGGGGCUGUUGUUUGGUUAUGACACGGCAGCUAUAUCUGGUGUGUUGGUGAUUAUCAAGGAUGAUUUAGGUGGACCAUUGACUGAUUGGCAGAAGGAAGCCAUAACAUCAUCCACUACGUUCGGUGCAUUGUUAGGUGGGCUGUUAGCAGGUGGACUUUCAGAUUACACUGGACGUAGACUGGUCAUCGUACUGGCCAAUGUGGUGUUCAUAUCGGGAUCACUGAUACAAGCUGCAUGUCACUCCGUCACCCUCAUGAUCACUGGCAGAUUCAUUGUUGGCUUAGGUGUCGGUCUGGCAAGCUGCAUCGUACCUCUAUAUAUCGGUGAAUUAGCACCCACGAAGACCAGAGGGAGACUCGUGACAAUGAACGCAGUCGUGGUUACUCUCGGACAGGUCGUAGCUUACGCGAUCGGUGCAUCCUUCCAAAAUAUCAACAACGGUUGGAGAUGGAUAGUAGGUUUAGGUGCAUUACCAGCCAUGAUCCAGCUAGCUUCAAUUGGAUUCCUACCUGAGUCUCCACGAAUACUCCUACUUCGAUCUGACGUACAUUCUGCUCAUCAAAUUCUCUCCAAGAUAUAUCCAUUGGCUACCACUCAUCAGAUAGAUCAGAAAGUGGAAAUCAUGCGACGAGCUGUACAGCAAUCUAAGGAGAUCACCGAUAGAACAACAUUCAGACAAAGGUUGGAAAGCUUGUUGCGGAUCGGUGGGAAUAGACGAGCUUUGAUCAUUGGCUGUGGUCUACAGAUAUCCCAGCAAUUCUGCGGGUUCAAUACACUCAUGUAUUACUCUGCGACGCUCUUCGCUGUACUAGGGUUCAAGAAUGCUACAGCUGUGGGGAUGAUCGUAGCCUUUGUGAACUUCUUGUUCACCUUGGUCGCGCUCAGAAUAAUCGAUCCUAUAGGAAGAAGAGUGACGAUGCUGCUCACUCUACCAGUCAUGAUGGUGGCUCUAAUCCUGGUUGCAUUUUUCCUGCAUAUCCUUACGUCGGAGACAGGAGGCGUCCUUGUCGUAGGCGCAGGUUAUCCCAUUUCCACCUCUCUCCUAGUCCUAUUUUCCAUGUUGGUGUACGUCGCAGGAUAUGCCACAGGUCUGGGCAAUAUCCCAUGGCAGCAAGGUGAAUUGUUCAGGUUAGAAGUGAGGGGUAUAGGUACUAGUAUCAGUACAGCUACUUGCUGGACUGGUAACUUGAUAAUAGCAGGUACAUUCUUAUCCCUUAUGAAUGCAAUAACGCCAUCAGGUGCUUUUGGGCUGUACGCUUUCUUUUGUACGCUCAGUUGGCUGUUCUGCUAUUUCCUGUAUCCCGAGACUUCUGGGCUAUCACUAGAAGAAGUAUCGUUCGUGUUCGAAGACGAUUUCGGUGUCUUGAAAUCGCAACGGAUCCGCAGAGAGAAAUUGGAAAAGGCUAAGAUGGCAGAAGUAGACAGGUUGAUAGGGAAUGAAGUGGGUGUAUAG